AUGAUUGGAUUGGCAACAGUUCCUCAUGAAAUCAUCUAUUUUGUGGGCUGCUUUGUGAAUGGCACAGCUGAGGUACAGUUUGAGUUUGAUGGUGAGGAGAUUUUAUAUGUGGAUUUCCCGAAAGAGGAGAUUAUCUACACUGUGCCCAGAUUUAUUAAUCCUGAUCCAAGUCAAAUUUUGGUGGGUUUGAGUAUACUUAGAGAUGCUCUGGAAAAUAAGGACUUCUGUUCAUUUUUUACUGUAAUCGGUGCAGAGAUAGCGAAAAUUCCACCAGAAGAAAAAAACCCCCCAGAGAGCAUCCUCUACCCUGCAGAAGAAGCUCAGCUGGGAGUUGAAAACAGCCUCACCUGCUUUGUGAAUCAUUUCUACCCGCCUGACAUCAAAGUCAGCUGGACUAAAAAUGGUCGUCCAGUGUCAGAAGGGGUGUCACUCAGUCGCUAUCAUCCCAAUGACGAUCAAACCUUCCACCAGUUCUCUACUCUGGCUUUUACACCAAGGGAGGGGGACAUUUAUAGCUGCACUGUGGAGCACUCAGCCCUGGAAUGGCCUAAAACCAGGAUCUGGGAGCUUGACUUGAAUCAACCCAGUCUUGGACCAGAUAUUUUCUGUGGAGUGGGCUUGACUCUGGGCUUGAUGGGAAUUGCAGUUGGAGUAUUUUUAAUUGCAAAAGGACACCAUGGACAAUAAUUUCUCUAUUGCUGAAUAUGGCAGUUUUUGAAAAUGAAUAUGGUGUUGUAUUCAUACUUAAUGAAUUAUAAAAAAAACACUAUGAUUAUGGAGUGCAACAUCUAUAACCGUCUGACCCUUUAUUUUGCCUUACAGGAGUUGUGGAAACUUUAUUGGCAUUUUCAUGGGCACAUUCUCUAGUCACAUUUGCCAGAUGAAAUUACACGUAAAAUGGUCAUUAGAAAUAGAAUGAUCCGCCAUACCUUAAUGAAAAACUCCAAGGAGAGAAGCCAUGUGCAACUGCAACUUAGGUUGAAUUUUUUGGCUUUAAUAUAGUGAGUACAAAAGGAAGGGAAUUCAAUAAUUAAAAUUUUUAAAGAGUGUGAAAAAGCCUGAUGGUCUGAAUAAAUAUUAAAUUUAAUGCCUUUA